GUGAAACUCUUCAGACUUUCCUAAAAGAGGAACUAAGGUCAUGUGGAUCCACUUGUGGUUAGAUUACUAAAUGCCUCGUAAUGGAGCCUAUUUCUCAUUAGUAGCUUAUCCAUUUGUUUCAUUAUGGAAUGCUCUUCACUUUGUGCUGGUAACGCUGCUAUGGUCAAAUUUAUUCGGUAUUAAACAGAGAACGAGAUCAUUAGCUCGAAAACCAAGAUCCUCAUUCAUGGCCUCCCGUACUCCUUCAAAACCUUUCAAGAAUCAAAACUCUUUGGACGAAACUGAUGAUGGUUUGCCGGAAGAAAUAUUAAAUCUUCGAACGCAUCAUAAGCAAGCUUAUGGUUAUAUAACGAAAGCUUUAGAGAUCGAUGAAGAGGAAGGUAAAUGAACACCCCGUUUUUACUAGCAGCUACUUUGACUUACAUGUAGCUCUAUUAUUUUAUACCGCUUAGCUUGUCAAUGAAAAAGUAAGCAAACAGUUCAUGCAAGCUUGCUGCUCGGUAGGCCAGUCAAAGAGAAAUUUUUGGGUCUAGUAACUCGUUGAAAAUCAAAAGUUGAAGUCAUAAUUACAAUUAUUAAUGGUUCAUGACAAAUGUAGCAAAUGUUGCAUGAUAAAAUGUACCAUUUUUGACUGUAAAUUUAAUACAUUUUGAUUAAAUUUGCUUGUUUAUUUAAUGAUUAAGGAGCUUAUCUUGGGAGUUAGGAUCUGGAAGACAGGCUCCAGUUGUUCAAAAUGUGAAUGGCACUGUAUCCAAGGAAUAUAAAAUCUCUAUCCAGUGGAUAGUGCUUUAUCCAAUGAACAGCAAUACUUGUGAACAGCAGGGACCAGCCGUUUAACUUUGUUUUUCAUUGUUAAGAAGCCUUGUCCCUAUCCCAGGGGAGCCUGUGUCGUAGACGUAAUGUAACCCAGUUAUAUUAGUAACAUCUCAAAGCAGUGCCAAUAUCCUUGCUCUGAGCUCCAACAUACUCAAUAAAUUACUGGAAAUGCUCAAAUUGUGGUACACAGGUUGGGGCCAAGAACAAGAAUUUCGGCACUGUUUUACAGACGGACAUAACAGUAAAACCUGAAGUUUAUUUGCAUGAAAUAUUAUUUACAGGAGGGCUGGUAUCAAAAAAAAGGGCAGUGGAUUUUUACAAAAAAGGCAUAAGUGAGUUAGAGAUUGGACUUCAAAUAAGUUGUGAUGAAGAAGGUAUGUAAGGUGUAUAGUAUAUACAUGUACACUUUAUCAGUGUAUUUGGUUGUUUGCUUGUUUGUGAUUUGUGUUCAUUUUGAACAUACUCUUUCUAGAAUAAUUUUAUGGCCUUUUAAAACUGGCCUGUGUUGAACUGGUCAAAAUUAAUUGUUUCAAGUUAAAUUUUUUAGACCUAGGUUUAUUUCCAACCCUGUAGCCCUAAUAGGGCUACAGGGUUGGAAAUGACCUUAUUCAUUGAGUCAGGGCUAGGAGACAAAGGGUGUUGAGAAUCCACCCAUUAUAACGUGAAUUUACUUCUUAUUGAUUAUGAUUUGUGAUACAUAACAAGUAAAAGCAACAUGUACUGACGUAAUGUCCCUAUAUUAAUUUUUGCUGAUGUUUUCCUUUCUCAUUUCUUGAUAAUGCCAUCACAAGGUCACUGUAACAAUGGAACAUUAUAAUAAUUGAUUAUUGUUCGUUUUCACUUGUUUAUGAAAUAUAUUUUAACCUACUGGUAUACAUGUAACACCUUUUUAUGUGUUAAUCUGUCUCAGGCUUUUACCAGGGCAAUUUUUUUAUCCAUGCUGCCACUAAGGAUGGUGGUUUUUUUAAUAGGGGGUUCACAUUCUUUUCGUCAAAGAAGCCAACAAGUACAUUAUUGUGUUUUUAUUUUAAUUUUGGGGAGAGGGACUGGAAAGUGCACUUUAGUGCAUUUUGAGCAACCAGAAGGAGUUAUUAAUUUUUUGGCCUGUGGAUAAGAUUGUAAUCAAUAUUUAUCAUACUUGUCCUGUUGACAAGCUGAUAAUGCUUCUUGUAAAAAUGGGCUUUUUAAGCAUUUUAGCUCAAAGAAGAAGACACGGGAAGGUGUUUACACGGGAUGUCAAUGUUUACAGCAAAUUAAAAGAUAAAAUCACAUAAAUGGUAACAGGGAAGCAUACUAGGACUUGGGGUGUACACGUACAAAAAACGUGUGAAAAUAUAUUUUAAUACCAAGGUCUUUGAGUAACUAAUCUGUAAGAACAAAGAAACUCAAUGUCAACAACAUUUGGUUUCAGUGACAUAAAAUGUCAGUCAGGCAUGCAGUAAAAAAUUCACAAUUGCUUUGAUUCUGAUGCUACAUAUUUUAAGCUGUUAUUUUUUUAAAGCUUUACUACGUAAAAGGAAAUAAAUUAUAUGCACACUUGACCUCAGAAACCAUUGUGUCUAUAACAAUCAUAAGUAAUCUUUUGUUUUCAGGAAAAAAGCUGCUUGGCAUCACCCUGAGUGGGUUUGAAAAUCUAGAAAGAAAAGAAAUCACAAGAAACAGUUCUUUAGGAACCUACUCCAAC